GUCAUCACCCUUUGGGCGCGCGAUGCAAUUUCGACGGUACGUUGGAUUGCGAGUGCAAUGAUCCCGACUAUCAGUGCUAUCCUUGUACGCAUCGUGCAUGUAGUAGAGGAAGAUGUAGGAAAAGGAAUGUAUCAGUCCACACCUAUGUGGACUAUGACGGAAGGCGUUAUCCACAAGUCCCUUGCCAAGCACCCUGUGCAUAUGGACCAUCCUGCGACUCCCCGGAAGUGUACUAUAUGAACUGUCCAUAUUAAUGAUGAUUUGCAAUACCUGGAAUAACAUCAUUUGCCGGAAACAAGACUGCACAGACUACUCUGCUUUGAGUGAUAUUUUUGGUAUUGUAAGCGCCAUUUGGAUAUUACUCAUCCGACAGGGGGACUGAUGCCGCAGUCAACAUCUUUUGAUCCUUAAUCCUUUCAAAUCUUGCGCUUAACUUGCCAUGCCCAAGCCGAACGUGGUGAAAACGGUAUUUAUAGGACCAAAAGGAUGAGCUUUUACCUGCCAGAAGAUAUCUUCUCCUUGUCCUUGGUCGCUGGCCUGGAAAUACUCGGGUUCCAAUCCAUGUGACAUCUGUCUUCCCACUUCCUGGGAUGCUGGGAGCCUUCAGCCUGGAACUGGCCACUUGGCGGCACAUUUGAUGGUCCAAACGCAGCUAUUUGUGGAGAAAAGCCUAACUUAUCGAGCCAUGGAUGAUGGAGACUUUGACAAUGACGAUGUUGGCGGCGACGAUUUCGAUGAUGUCGACGAGGAUGUGGACGAGGACAUUAACCAGGAGGAGGAGGCGGACAACAUUGAGAUAAUUGCACCCGGGGGAGGAGGAGGCGGCGGCGUUCCAAAGUCCAAGCGAAUAACCACCAAGUACAUGACGAAAUACGAACGUGCCCGAGUUCUGGGCACCCGAGCCCUCCAAAUCGCAAUGUGUGCACCCAUCAUGGUAGAGCUGGACGGUGAGACAGACCCGCUGCAGAUCGCCAUGAAGGAGCUUAAGCAGAAGAAGAUCCCCAUUAUUAUCCGCCGCUACCUGCCGGACCACUCGUACGAGGACUGGAGCAUAGACGAGCUGAUCAUGGUGGAUAACUAGCUAGUACACAACUUAAUUACAACUAACGAAAUAUACAAAUUAAGACUAAGGCUGCCUAGCCACAAAACA